AUGAAGUUUUCUCAAUCAAUUAAGAAAAGCUCAUUUGAGGAACCGAGAAAUUACUACCCAAACCCAUAAUAUUAUCAAAAUAAAUCAUUAAUCCAACCAAAAGAAUUCAAAGUUUCCUUCAGUUAAGCACCUCGAUUUGAUUCAAGAAGCAACGAUGCCAGUCCAACAUCUUAGCUUUCAGGCAGUUCACCCAAGCAUACAGAUUUAAAUAUUUAAGAUUUAGUUCAAGUAUACUAAAGUAAUAAAAAAGGAGUGUUUAAAAGCACAUUUAAAAAUAUAAAAAAUGCAAUUGAACUUUCUCCUGAUUAUGGCAUUGGUUUAUUCUAACUAAUGGAAAAAUAUAACAAUGAAAUAAAAAAUCAAAACGUAUCUCCAGGUCCUGCUCAGUACAAUCCUUCUUUUUAGAGUGUAAAAAAAAGGAUUUAGUCCCAGUUAAUAUAACCUGUUAAUAAAUUAAACAAAGAGUCUUCAUAAGAAAGACUUUAAAAUCAAUAGUAAGUUUAAAUUGUAGUAGAAAAUAAAAUACCUAAGAUUGGGUUGCUUCCUAAAAUAGAGACAGAAAGGUUAAGAACUUUAAAAGCAGAUCCUUCAAGAUAGUUGCUGAGAUAAGGAACUUUAAAGAAAGGAAAAAUAUCAAGAAAUAUAUUCGAUUAAGCUAAAACUGAUGAAUUUGAUCCUUCACCUGAAAACUCAAGCAUAGAAUUAUUUGUACUUCGUUAAAAACUUUUAGGUACUUCUGAGGUACCUCCUCCAGGCCACUACUAUGACUCUGAUAAAUUUAGCACCUUUUAGCUGAAAAAAACAUCUUCAGUAAAUGUUCACUUUGAUUCCACAGAAGAAAGACGAAUGACUUUUGGAAACACACUAAAUACUCAAGAAAAUGAUGAAGAGGUUGAAUAAAAUGAUAACGAUUAGAAAAGUUAACAAAAUAAGUUAAAAACAUAUCAUGAUUCAAGCAGUAAUUAGGAUAGUUUACAUAGAUAGCAGAGUAUUCCAACAGUUUAAUCUUCAACUAUCACUUAAAAUAAAUCAAAAUCAUUCAAUUUUAAUUCAAGUUAAAGAUUUAAAACAUAAUUCAAUAACUCUUAAAAAUCUUCCUUUGGUACUUCUGACCGUUGCUCCUUCUUUGACACCUAUAAAAACUAAACUCCAGGACCUGGAACAUAUACUUAAGAUUUUAAUAUGAUUAAUUAAAAAUAAGCAGAAAAUUAGAAAAAAAAGCAUAAUUUAUAUUUCUAGUCCUCAUUUGGAAGUGGUUGUGUCAGAUUUUUGACAUAAAAAUAUUUACAAGCAUGA